AUGUCUGCAUUUUCCGUCAACAGCAUGCUAAAUCAAGCAAGCAAUACUGAACAACCAUCUCGGCCACCACGUCCCUCUGUGCUUGAUAUUUCCAAUUUGCUUUGUGGUGAAGAUUUGGAGCCUACGCUAUCACCUAGCAGCAGCAAUGGUAGUAAUAGUGCUAUCCAAUCACCAGUGAGCGCAUCAUCGGGGUGUUGUCAGUUGCCAUCCAUUAUGGAUGUAUGGCCAGCACAACAACUUCCUAUGUUGCCACCCAUGCCAUCACAAAAGCCACUUCAUCCUUUGGAGCCAGCAUCAUCAUCAGCAACAGCCAACAGCAUUUGGAUGCAUCAUUCAAUGGCAUCAUCGGUGUCCUCGGUGGCAUCUGACAUGAGCAAUAGCACAUCGGCUACAACCACAAAUGCUAGCACAACAAGCUUGCCCACCAACAUGGUAUCAGAAAGUAGCAGCAGCAGCACAUCAUCUACAAGAACACUCCCUUUGAAAAAACAAGCUCGACGUUAUUACCGUGAAGAUAGCACCUCACAUAGCAGCAGCAGCAGUGAUGACGAUCAAGAGGAGCCGGUAUCUUCUCUCAUACCAUCAUCACCAUCAUUGCCCCCCGUCAAGGCCAAAAGAAGACGCGCCAAUGCAAAGCAGCUUCAAGUGUUGAAUCGUGUCUUUGAGCGUACGGUAUUUCCUUCGACUCAAUUAAGGGCUGAGCUAGGUCGACAAUUAGGCAUGACACCUAGGACAGUCCAAAUCUGGUUCCAGAACAGACGCCAAGCCAUUCGAACACGCGAACGACAAAGAUUACUACGCAUUGUGAGUGAUGACUCGUCAGCAGCCUCAUUAUCCACAGCCAUGGAUUGA